UUUGCUCUGACUGCUAUCCAUGCAUACAGAGUGCCUUCAAUUUAAACGGAGACUAUUGGAGAUAUGAGCUCCUUACCGACAAUUAAGAGCCGUAAAAUGACAAAAAGAGGCGUAAGUAGAGGAAUCCAACGGUUUAUACACACUCUUCAUCGAGAUAUUGGAUAUUGGUUGAACAUAGUGGAUAUUGAACAAGUUGAGGAAAUUUGAUAGACUAACGACUUAACGUGUAAAGUCUUGGAAUUGCUAUUUAUGUGAACCUAAUGGCUUUUGGAAACACCUUAUCACGCACUAUACAAAAGUAUUUGAAUCUGCAUUCAUUAAGUGCAUCUGAACAGUUUUCCAAUAACAACAAGUCAGAAAGGAGUCAGCAGAUAGUCAGUGAUAAGUUGUCUUUAAAGAAUUGUAAAUUAGACGCAUCAGAAGACUUGUGUAACGUCGCGUUCCCUGUCUAUGUUAACGAGUACGGAAGACAUUCGAGUGUUAUUGUAUCCGUUAUUAAAAAUCAACCUUCUAAACAAAGCGCGUAUGUCUGAAUAUGUCCAGACAAUAACCUCUUUCAAAUGGACUUUUGAAAGAAUCUCUUUGUUUACUUUUUUCACAAUUUCUAUUUCAGGCCGAGAUUAAUCUAAUGUAAUAACUUAUUUUCUUUUGACUAAGUAUUUUAAACAUAGAUACUUAGACAAAUUCGCCUUAAUGAAACUGUUUUAAACCCUAUUAAGCAAAUGAUAGAUUAAUUUGAUUUUAUGAUAUUUCAUCAACACAAUAUCGGCCUACAAAAAUAAUCAUGUUCCAAAAAUCAUAAUCGCCAAUUAAAGAUUAGGAAACAAAUUGUUUUUAAAAGUAUGAUUGUUUCUAUCGACUUAGUUUUUAGAGUUAUUUUUUCUUGCACAUACGUCAUAUAUAUUUACAUAUUAAAUUGUUACUUCUUAUUCCUCGUACUGUGAUUUUGUGCUCAUCGUCAUAGUUUCAUAUCUACUACGUGGAACACAAUAGUUCGACGCAAAGCAAAACUGAUGUGGAAGGAUUUGAAGUUUCAUAAGUUUUAAUAAGACAAAAAACGUUCAAAUAGUUUAUGUAUCAUGGUAAUGUAGAGCAAUUUCUUAUAGGAUACUACAAACCAGUACAAUAGGAAAGAAAAAUAAAUUCGUUUUGGCUGUAAUUAGGGCUUUAACAGCAUUGAUUUCACUCUGCGUUUUAAAAUUCGUCUAGGCUCCUUAUCUGUCUUCAUGAUCUGAGUAUUUGAAUGAUUAUAUAUAUAUAUAUAUAUAUAUAUAUAUAUAUAUAUAUAUGCAGACAAUUAAGUUCGAGAUCUCAAAAUAGUAAUAAUUGGAGAUACAGUAUAAUACUAUUCCAAAAAAUAUCACAGUCUAGAAGACUGAACGAAUAUUUUAGCAAAGCAAGUAUCGACAAAUUUCUCUGAGAUCCAGGAAACUUUAAUUGCAUGGUCAGCUUUUGUCUUAAGUCAGUAAACAUCAGUCAAUCAAACAAUUUUGUUUCGAAAGCAUUCAUUUUGCUUAGAUCUCUUCUUUAUUUACUUUGUUUUAUAAAAUAACUAAUGAAUGUCAAAUAUUGACUUGAUGACUUACAGACCAUGAUAUAGAUUUAGGCUUGAUCCAAGAAUUUUUUAUUGUUGCACAGAUCUGUGAGCGAAGCAGUUAGCCGUUAUCCACAUUUGGAAGUUUGGAAAUUGUAGUUUUGAAAAAGGAGAUUUAUCUUAAUUAUAGAAACUUAUUUUAGAUAUUUUUUUCUGUUACUCUCAGUAACAUGCUUCACAUAUCUUUUAACGAUUAUAUAUUUAUUGUUUUCAGCAUUUUCAUUUUUACUCGAUCACAAAAUUCAGAAUUGAAUCAAACAGGUUUGACUUUACGUGAUUUAAUUCUAUUGAAUGAUGAAUUCAGUUGUGAGGUAGAUGAAUCUGAUCAUAUUUAUAUAACUGGUAGACGAUGGUUAUUGAAUCAUUAUCAUCAAAAUAAUCUAUCAAUAAAUGAAGAUUUGAAUCAUAAAAGUCAACAUAAUGCUUCAUUUAAGAAUAAUAAUAGUAAUAUAAAUUAUGAUAAUGAAUCUAUUCUGAUUGGUCAUGUGGAUUCAUUAAAACAUUAUAAUAAUAAUAAUAUUCAAAUGAAAGUUGAAAAUGGGAAAUCUCAAUUUCGUAUAAAUAAUUUUUAUACAUCAACACAAUUAACAAGUUUAUUAUUGGAAUUUUUUAAUUCUAAUGAUACAUUAGAAUUUUAUCAAAUCAUUAUUCAAUAUUCUAUAAAAAGUUCAAAUUCUUUAUCUGUGCCAGAAUUAAUGCCAAAGAAUCAAAUACAUUUCUAUUUAAAUGAUGAUCGAAUUCAAUCAGCUGAUAAUCUCCAAGAUCAAUUUAAUUGGUUAAAUAAGUAUCUGGACAAAGAUUCAUUUGAAUUGGCCUCAAACUUACAGGAUUCCUACAGUUUACUUGUUUCUGAUUCAAGUAGUAUCAAUGAAAAUAAAUAUGAUUAUUUGAAACCUACAUCUACAUGUGCUAAAACAAAUAGUUGUCCAAGUUUAGACAAUUCUAAAUUAUCUGCUCAAAGCAAAUAUACCAAAGUAAAGAGACAAACAUCUAGACGAUUAUUUAAAUUACGCCGUUGUCGAUCGUCUGUAUCCCCACCACCACCAAAACUGAAGUCGAAACCUCCGAAACCCAUGAAAAAGAAUUCCUUAGCUGUAUCACAAAACAAUUUGAAUUACUCCUCAGACAGUUUAGCAGAAACAUGUUUGACUUCACCACAUAGUUUUUCCGAUCUGCGUUUCGCAAAUGACUCAUGGAAUAAAUGUAGAUAUACUAAACCAUGGAACAACAUUCUGACAAAUUCAACUAUUGAUAAUCCUAAAAAUAGAAAUAUUAGUGUAUUUAUUGGGACGUGGAAUGUAAAUGGACGUAAUGGUAGUAAUUUAAAUUUAGAUGACUGGCUUAUACCUCCUGAAGGUCAACCACCAGCUGAUUUGUAUGUUAUUGGAUUACAAGAAUUGGAUUUAAGACUUAAAGUAAUUACUCUCAAUAAGACAAGUUCAUCUGGACCAGAGGAUUUAUGGAUUCAACAGUUAGAAGAAGCGUUAGGUGGCUUAUUGAAACCACCUACUUCUAAGUCUAAUGUAACUUGUCUAAACGAAACUGAAUCAAUUAAAAAUUUUGCAGCUCACUGGUUUCACUACACCGGUGGAGGUUAUAUACGCAUUAGACGUGUUCGUCUAGCUGGUAUCAUGAUGAUUGCAUAUAUCUCAGCCAAAUUAUCCGUUCAUUUACGUCAUGAUGAAAUUUCUCAACAUAUUGUUCCAACUGGUGUUUUAAAUGUAAUGGGUAAUAAAGGUGGUGUAAGUCUUAGAAUAACUAUAUUUAAUACUUCAUUAUGCUUUGUAAAUUGUCAUUUGGCUGCUGGCAAAGAAAAAAUUGACCGUCGUAAUCAAGAUUUCAAAGAGAUUGUGCGUAAAAUGUCAUUAUUAUUCCCUAUAAAUCCAAAGCGUCUUCCAUUUCCUAUGAAGAAAUCGUAUAUUUCAGUACAUGAUGUAAUUUUCUUAUUUGGAGAUUUGAAUUAUCGAAUAACCGGUUUGGGCUCAGAUAAUGUCAGAAGACUAGUUAAGCAAAACAAUUACGUCAGUCUACUUAAGAAUGACGAGUUAUCAAAAGAAUUGAACAGUAGAAAAAUAUUUCAAGGUUUUCGAGAACAUAAAAUUACUUUCCCGCCAACAUAUAAAUUCGAUAUUAAUUGUCAAACAUAUGAUUCAAGUGAAAAAUAUCGUAUUCCUGCCUAUUGUGAUCGAAUUAUUUGGUUUGGUAGGGGUUGUACACCAAUUGUUUACAGAUCACAUCCAAAUUAUGUAUGCAGUGACCAUAAACCUAUAUCAGGUUAUUUCUUAGUUGAAGUAUAUUAGGGGUGUAGUUUCAACAUUAACAUAGAAAAUGUUUAUAUUUAAAAUGUAAAGCCGUAAUUAAGAAAAAAAAGUGCAGGAAAGGAAAAAAAACAAAACGACAACCAGAAACAUACCCAUUAGGGGAAUUAAGGCCAAGGAAGGGUGAGUGGUUGGACAAAUCGUUUCUGCAUGCAAAGUUCAAGCCUGAAUUCGUGGAUUGCCAACGCCUCAGCAGUACAUAAAAUAUUGAUUCGACCCCCCCCCCAUCUUCGAUUCGGUUCCUUUGACUCUAUCAUAUCUGUCAAUUGGACUAUCUGACCCAUAAAUUAUUUUCUUCCUUACCCCUUGAUUAAAAAAUUUAUUUAUUAAUAAUCUUGUUCGAUAUAUAAAUUAAAAGUAAUUUUUCCAGUUGUCUAUUCCUUUUCUCUUCCUUUCUAGAUUAGAUCAUAUAGACAAGAAUAUUAAAUUAUUAUGAAUUUUAAAUUGUCACCUUUUUGUGAUACUAUUUUUAUGAUGAUGAUAAUAAUAAUUUGAUUAAAUGUAUCUAUAAAAUUGUUUAUUAUAACAAAAUUUAUUAGACUAAUAUUUCAAAUUUGUACAUCAUUAUUUUAUAAAUUAUUUGAUUUUUCUUAUAAAUAUGUCUAUAUUCACUAAAUUUAUUUAUUUAUUUAAACA